AAAAAUCAAAAAGCUAAAAUUAUUGGUUGACCGAAGUUCGAAGGUGACAAAUACAGAAAAUAGUUUUUAAAGGCGGCCUUAGUAUUAGGAGCAAUCUCUUACAUUUUUAUUGAAUUUUACAAAAAAUAUCUUUAAAAUUUUUAAUGCAAUAACGAAACGCACUGUCAAGCGUAUUUUUGUUUCACUUAUUGUGGGAUAAAGUUUACGCACACGUGAGACAAACUACAGAAAUUACAUUAGUGCCAUCUCUUUUUAAGAUAGCGCCAAGAGCUACUUUCAUUCCAUAUAUUACGAAACUGAAAAGAUUAGUAUUGUUUGUCGAUUUGUCUCGUUGGAAUUCCCUAUUGAAAAGUUAUUAAAAAUGUGAUAAUAUUUUAAAAAACAAAGAUAAAAUGGACGUGUCGAAGUUAUGCCGUAGUUGUAUGGAGGAAGUAGCGCCGUGGGAGUGCGAAAAUGUGGACCAAAAGACGAUGGAAAUGUUCAGCUUUUGCACUAACAUAGAGAUUCCAGUAGAUGAUAAUUUGCCUAGACAUUUUUGUUACAAAUGCACUGUGUUACUAGAGUCCACAUACACUUACAUUAAGAAGGCUCGCAGAGUCAACGGCAAACUGAAGAGAAUAAUCCAAAAGUCUACAAACAAUUUUGUAGAUAAGUUCCUUAACAAAACAAAUUCUGUUGAAGCAGAAAAACCUGAUGAGAAUGUACUUUUAAAUAAUUUUAUUGAGCCUGAAAAGAUUAAUGAUGAGACAAAUGAUGUUAAAGUUAACUUAAAUAAUGUAGAUCAUGAUAUAUUUGAUGAUGAUGAUGAUGAAGAUGAUAAGUGCCUGUCAGAGUUCAAGAGUGAAAAUGUAGAUAUUAAGUUGGAACCGGAAGAAGACAGUAGCUCCACUGUCAUAAGUAAGGAAGCAGCGUUACAAGUAUCCGAAUCAGAUGAUAAAAAUAAAAAUAAUGGUCAUAGUUCUAAGAUGAAAUUCAAGAGCAAGAAAUGCCAGAUUUGUAAGAAAAAUUUUGCAAGCAAAGGCUGGUACUCUCGCCACAUGAAGACGGCGCAUGCUGGUGACACAUCAAAGGAGUUGGGAGAGUUGAAGAAGAAAAAGAGUCACAAGAAGCAGAGAGAGACAAAAGAGACUGGGGACCAGAAGGGAGAGAUUAAAUGCAGGGUGUGUGACAAGGUAUUCUCCUCUAAAGCCUGGCGCACAAAACACCUGAACGAGCAGCAUUCGGAGAGUGUAGAUGGACAGAAAGUAUUCCUCUGUCCAUACUGUCCAAAGACGUUCUCAAAGUAUUCCCACAUGUACUACCACACGACGUCGCACCCGGACGUGGCGAAGCACCCGUGCGGCUCGUGCGGGAAGGUGUACCGCAUACGCAAGGAAUUGGAGCAACAUAUGAGGACUCAUCUAAAGGACCGACCGUAUGCCUGCGACCGCUGUGAUAUGAGGUUUAAAAUGAAAGGUAUUCUUAUAACGCACCUGAAAUGGCAUGACGGCGUGAGGCCGUUCCUCUGCAGUAUAUGCGGGAGAAGCUUUAUACAGUCGGGCAACUUAGAAUCGCACAUGCGCGUGCACACGGGCGAGCGUCCGUUCGCGUGCACCGAGUGCUCGUUCCGGAGCACGAGCCGCGUCAGUCUGAAGCGGCACGAGCUGCGGCACCGUGGGGAGCGGCCUUAUCCGUGCACGUACUGCCCGAAGAGGUUCUACGAGUCUUGUAGUCUGACCCGCCACAUCCGCUCCCACACCCGCGAACGCCCGUACCGCUGUCCGUACUGUUCCCGCGACUUCAAUGACAGCGGCAAGCGGCGCCGCCAUUUUAUGAUGACGCACAAAAUGGCGGCCGACGACAUCCCGCCCAUGGACAAAGAUGGCGCGCCCGUUGAGAGAACAGCACAGAACUGCGCUAGGAAACGGCUUGAAGUUCAAUGACGUCUAUUAACAUAAAAACUAUGAAGAAAAUGUUUUCUAAAUUGGGUCGAUCGGCUUUGGGGCCCUAGUUUGGUGGGUGAAUGUCACUGUCUAGUUUAGACCGCAGAUGUGGCUUAUGUCUUGGCUGACUUUAAAAACUGACGUCUCUGCAAUUGAUUGCUAAAAUAAUUUGUGUCUUAUUGACGGUAGCAAAAUGUGCAAAUCAGAUUCGCCAAAAAUUUAAGAUACGUUAGUUAGCUACGUCUGCGACGAUGUGUGAUAGAUAGAACAGCUAAAAGUAUGGCUACAGAUGGAUUAUGGUAUAGGCAUUAGACCCCUCAGAAGAUUUUUUAACAAAAUUUUAGGUCGUUGCGGAGACUAUGUCCUUUUUGUCUACAUUGGAAGAGGUAAUAACUUUUACGUUCAUAAUCUAGUAUUGCCAUUAAUUUAACGGAAAUAAUUAUAAUGAAAUAUUAACGUAAUUAAGUUAGUAACCAACCACCAAAGGAAUUUCUGUAGAAUUUAUUAUCUAUGUGAAUUAAUGGUUUAACUUAUCUUUAACUAUGAUAAGACAAGCCACUAAACAAAUUUACGUAAGCUGCAACCGCCUACUACAAUCAGACUGAAAAUGAAAGGAUUAUGUUGUAUGAAGUAACAAACUGAAAUCACAAAAGUAUUUUGUACUUAGGAACUAAUUUUCAAAUGUUUAUUAUCAUUAUUAUUAACAAUUGUGUUCAGAUAAUUAAAUAAUAUUUUUAUUAAGUUCGAAAAUAAAACCCGUUGAUUUA